AUGAAUAAUUACAAUUUUCGUUAUAAAAGACCACAAACAGGCGAUGGAACCUUCCUUCGUCUUCAUCUUUAUGGUCGUUUAGAUGACGAAUUUGAACAGCCAAAACAAGUUCGACCACAGAAAACUCGUUGGUUGAAAGGCAUAGCUGCUCAUGUUCAACAGGCUAUUGUUCGAGCAGUUGGUGAUCGGGCUAAAGGACAGAAAUGCGUUGGAAAAAUUUCUCUAUCAAACAACGCUGUUAUAGUAGCACUUAGAAACCUUGGAAUUGAAAAGAAAUGGGUGUCCUGA